UAUUAAAAUACUCCCUCCUCUUUGCCUGAGAGACCGUAGCUUUAGCAGCAGCAGCUAACCACCAGUCUGCUUUUUACAUCCACAGGACUAACAGAGGGCAACGACGUGAUGGAAAUUGACUCGCUUCAAGAGGCGCUGAGAGAUUUUGAUAAGAAAUCAAAGAAGGAGGCAUCUCCUCUUCUGGAACAGUUUCUAUGUCAUAUUGCCAAGACUGGAGAGACCAUGGUUCAGUGGUCUCAGUUUAAGAACUACUUCCUGUUCAAAUUGGAAAAGGUGAUGGAUGACUUCAGAGCCUCUGCACCUGAGCAAAGAGGUCCUGCAAACCCCAAUGUGGAGUCAAUUCCCUUUGAAGAUAUGAAGGAGAGAAUUCUCAAGAUUGUGAAGGGAUACAAUGGAAUCCCCUUUACAAUCCAGCGCUUGUGUGAGCUACUCACAGAACCUAAGAGGAACUACACAGGGACAGAUAAGUUCCUUCGGGGGGUGGAGAAGAAUGUAAUGGUGGUAAGCUGUGUACAUCCAACGUCCGAGAAAAAUGGAUGCAAUGCCGUCAAUAGAAUGAAUGGAGUGAUGCUUCCUGGGAACACAUCUGCUUUUACAGAGAGGAAAGUGAACGGUCCAGGAACUCCCCGGCCGCUGAAUCGACCGAAGGUGUCUCUGGCCAACUCGCUAGCAGCUAAUGGUCUGCCCGACAGCACAGACAACAAAGACCUCAGCACAGAGCAAGAAGCUGACAAAGACUCGGGUGAGGUUUCGGCAUCAGGAGGCUCCCUGGGGAGCUCGGUGAAGAACAAACAUCCAGACGCAGAAGAGGACAUGGAAGCCGAGCAGCAGGAGGUGAAGAGACUUAAGUUCAGUAAGGACGAGGAGGAAGAUGAAGAUGACGAGGAUGAAGAGGAAGAGCAGGAGGUGGACACACUGAGGCCUUCGCAUGCCUCCUGCUUCUCAAAAGAGGCAGAAGCCAUGGUCCAAGAGGAAGAGGAAGAGGAGAAGACCACGUACAGCAAGGAGAAUGAAGCUUCCAGCAGUGCUGCUGCCACUGAAGACCAAGAACCAACAAGCAGCACACAGGCUGAGGUGUGUGCGGGCUCAGGUCAGGAGGCAGAGCAAGCUGAGAGGGAGGUGCCAUGCGGCUCCCAGGAUGAGGGCAGUGACAUGGAUCAGACAGAGCAACAAGCGCCUGCAGGUGUCCUUGAGAGCCCGGAGACCAGCAGGGACAGUGAGGAGAGCAACAGUGACCCAGUCAGCAGCAGCAGUAGCAGCAGUGGUAGCAGCUGUAGCAUAGAGGAUAGUAACGAAGCGGCCAGGGAAGACGUAGCUCUCGCCCCUUCCAGCAGUACGACUGAACCUCCUACAGAGGGCGCCAUGGAAAGUGCCAUCUUGAACACUGGGACCACUGAGGAGCCUAUGGAGCAGGACUAGACUGAAGGCCCCCCUGCAGCCAUGUGUGACCAUAAACCAGCUUGUCCUUGAAUCCAGCUUGACUGUCACUGGGAAUGAGGAUAACUGCACCUCGUACACAAGACGAACGCCUCGUCCCACUUUUGGACACUCCUCCAAAAUGGCUACCUGGCAUUGAUGUGGGCAUACAAAUAAAUUUUCAUUUGAAGUUUUUUUUCUUAAUAACUGGAAUAUUUUAUUGAUCUUGUUAUCCUGUAUUUUUAAGUUUCCCUCAAUAGGGGUUGGUUUCUGCAGCCUUGAGUUGGUUAGCAGGAUUUUUUUUUCUUCUUCUUUUGUUAUGCGCUCUCUGGGGUUGUUUGGGUGCUGUGGUGGUCUGGUUCUUUUUUUAUGCCACCCUCUCCAACCAUUUGGACAGUGUGACAGGAUCGGUGGUCUAGGUUUUGUACCCUUUAAGCCCAGUGUACCACACUACCAGGGUCAGAACAGAGCCAUACCAGCCCCUCAUUAUUUAUGAAAUUGUUCAGAUAUGAGCUAUCACCACCAUUUCUGUUCCUGACUGAAGCUAAAAAUAUUCUAGAGUCAAGCAGUGACCUGAACCUGACACCCCACCACCAUGUUGUUACUCCACCAGGCUGUUGAUUGACAUAUAUUGUUUUAAAUUUUACUUCUCCAUCCUUGUGAGAUGUGAGAUUUCCAUUGUGUCCUUAUAUUAUUUUAACCAUAUUUUUUGCAGAGAUACACUACCAAUCCCACGGAACAAUACUAUGACAUGCUACCUUGUAGAGGCGUCCUCUGUAAAAUGAUCUAUUUUGGAUGCAUAAAACCACCAUAUUUAUAUGAUCAUUUCAAUUCAAUGAGUUAUUUUGGAGUAUGUUUUUGUUUUGUCUGCCAGUUGUAGUUUCCAAAACCAGCUGUAAGUACAAAGAUGACCUCCGCUUUCUUUGUAUCGUGAUGUCACCAUGUUGUUUCACCGACCGAUGUCCAGAGCAGUUUCUGGUUCCAGUUCUACACCUGUUUCUGCAGCUGUACUUUUUGAUAUUUAGAAUUUUAAAUUUCUGUAAAGUAGAUUUUUGUAGAUUGUAAUACAGUAUGUGUUCACUGCCUUUGUGAAACCAUAUAUAAUUGUAUAAUUUCUGUGUAUACUCUGAAUGCUUUUGCUUUCAAUGCGGUAUUCAGAAUCAGCAAUAAAUGUUAACAUUUUUA